AUGCCGGACCAACAAUGUGCUAUAAGAAAAUCAUUUGCACAGUCUGAAUUGAUCAUGAAAUUGAACGGCCUGUUACCCGGAGAAAAUUUCAAAAUUUUGUAUACGUUUUUCGCGUAUGCCCUUAUGAUAGGCUUUAAUAUUUUAAUGCCUGUUCUGGGAUACGUUAAUCUGUUUACGGCCGAUCCAGAAGAAAGAAUGGAUCUGGUGGGCAACAGUUUCAUUUACAUGGAAAUGUUAAUUUUGGUGUUCAAAAAUUGGUCCUUAGUAGUUACACCGGAUUUAACCAAAAAAAUGCUUAACCGAUGGAACGAAGAUAUUUUUAACACUGAAGUGGACAUCGAUAGGCACAUUAUCAAUGAAGCUAUCCGAGAACGUCGUCAAGGAUAUAUUUUGUAUUUCAUGUUUGCCGUCUCAGCUCCGUCGUUUCUACUGUUAAACAUUAUAUUUUCUGCUCACGAUGAUUUGAAAUUACCAAUUUGGCUGCCCAUGGAUAUUUAUAAUAGCACCCUGCGAUAUACCCUCGCUAAUAGUAUAACUCUUGGAGAAGCUAUAAUCCAAAGCCCAUGGUAUAAUUAUGACAUGAAAUCAAAAAGAUCACUGAUGAUUUUAAUAGAAAAAUCUAGAAAACCUAUUAAAUUUACAGCUGGCAAAAUAGUGGAUAUAUCAUUGGAAACAUUCGAUCUCGUAAGUUGA